UUUGUCAUCCGUGAUACUGUAUGUAAACCCGAUGAAUUUUCUGAAGUCUACUCUAGAUUUUCACUCUUCUGAUAUUUGUGACGUUUCAUCUCAUUACGCGCUUCUUGGCGAUAAAAAGCAACAACUCACGAGUCAAAUGUUCAAUGGGGUUUUACUGGCCAUGUAAUGCAAGUGAUUACAAAGCUGUCAUAGUGCGGUUGUGUUGUGCAGGCUCUGUGUGACUCACCUAGAAUUUUGGUAAUUCUUGAUUGGAAAGUAAAAACACCUUAACAAUACUGAAAUGAUGCAGCAAGACCUAUCUUCUGGCUAUUCCAAAGGAUGGGAAGAACUGCGCAAACAAGCUCGAAGACUUGAAAAUGAUAUUGAUUCAAAGUUAGUAUCAUUCAGCAAACUGGGAACCGGUCAUACCGGAAUUAAGCCUGACAGUGACACCGAACCACUUCUUAGUACUGAACAUGUUUUUGAGACUAUGGCUCUAGAUGUAGAGCAGCUCCUUGCACAGUUAACUACUGUUAAUGAUCGCUUGGGUGAGGCUUCAGCACCUGAUGGCCCAGGUGCCCCAUCAAAUGCUGCUCUCAUUCAUACCCUCCAGCGUCAUAAAGAAAUUCUACAGGAUUAUAAGCAAGAAUUUUCCAAGACCAAAGCAAACUGGCAAGCUAGGAGAGAAAGAGAAGAUCUGUUAAGGAGUGUUAGAAAGGAUAUUGACACAUACAAAUCGUCCUCAGGCUUGAACAGACGAAUGGAUUUAUAUUUGAAGGAAAAUGAACAUAUCAGAAGUUCUGAUCGUCUUGUUGAUGAACAAAUCAGCAUAGCAAUGGACACCAGAGAAAAUCUGAUGUCUCAACGAUUAAAUUUUAAACGCAUUCAGACACGAAUGCACGACUUGUCAUCUCGGUUUCCAGCCGUCAAUUCUCUUCUGCAGCGAAUUAAUCUUCGUAAAAGAAGGGACUCUCUGAUUAUUGGAGCUAUUGUUGGAGUGUGUACCUUUCUGAUACUAUUGUAUGCUUUCAAUUAAUAGUUCUGCCAUCUGUUGUUUAAUUUUCCACAAUUAGAUCAUCCCAAAAAUAAGCUUAUAGUUUUUCCUUAACAGGAAAAUUUAUGGAUGGGAUGGGGGUCUGGCAGAAAACUUUUACCAGUCAAAGAGCACUGGUUUUGUAAUGACCGAUUGUGUAAAAAGAAAAAUCAUGGCCAGGGAUUUGAAAAACUCACACGUUCUUGUGAGUUGCCUUUAUAUGAUAGCUUUACCUAUGGCUGUGUGUGAUUCUAUUUUUCAGAUGACUGGUAUCAAACCUUAUGUCUGUUUUAUGAAAUAUCUGGGGAGUUUGUUUUAGUUUAUUCUAGUUGCCCGCAUAUCGUAUGCUUGUAGAAGUUAAAGCUAGCACUUUUAGCUAAAGACAUGAAUUCUUCUCCAUCUCUCUGAUUUUGUCACAGAGGAAAUGAUGUGCAAAAUUUUAACUUGCAUAUUUUUGCACCUGUGCACUGUUUCCUCUCUUUGAAAUUGUGAUAUUUCUAAUCAUUGGCUGCACUUUAAUUUAUUUCUUAAGAUUAUCCAGAUUCUUUAACUUACUAGUUUAUUAGAGAAAUUUUAUUAAAAUGUAUAUUUUUCCA